AUGGUGUGCUUUAAAUUUAUUAAUAUAGCAGUUCCUGGGACGAUUGAUGAACGAGCCAUCAACACGAAGAGAGUACUUAACCUGUGGGAGAGAAAUGAGAAUCAUACGCUCUGUCUCAAGUCUGCUAGAGCUGUUGGCUGCAGCGUGGUUAAUAUUGGGACACGUGACUUGGAUGAAGGACGGCCUCAUCUUGUGCUUGGAUUGAUCUCACAACUCAUAAAGAUUCAGCUCCUCACUGAUCUUAGUUUGAAGAAGAUGCCUCAGCUUAUUGAGUUGGUCGAGGACAGCGACGAUAUAGAAGAAUUUAUGAGAUUACCCAAGAGAUAGUCUUACUCAAAUAGUUGAACUUCCAUGUUAAGAAAGGUGGCUACAAGAAAACCGUU